GUUUCAGAGAAAUAGAAGAUCAAGCCACCGCAUCGCCGGAAGAGAGAGAGAGAGAGAGGAGGUGCCGCCGCUGUUUGCCUGCCAUGGUUCUCAAGACAGAGCUUUGCCGAUUCAGUGGACAAAAGAUUUACCCAGGAAGGGGUAUCAGAUUUAUUAGAUCUGAUUCUCAGGUUUUCCUCUUUGCCAAUUCAAAAUGUAAGAGGUACUUCCACAACCGUCUGAAACCAUCGAAGCUUACCUGGACAGCAAUGUACAGGAAACAGCACAAGAAGGAUAUUGCUGCUGAAGCUGUGAAGAAGAGGCGUAGAACCAACAAGAAGCCUUACUCAAGGUCCAUUGUUGGAGCUACAUUGGAAGUUAUCCAGAAGAGAAGAGCUGAGAAACCCGAGAUUCGUGAUGCUGCUAGAGAAGCUGCUUUACGUGAAAUUAAGGAGAGGAUCAAGAAGACCAAGGAUGAGAAGAAGGCGAAGAAAGCCGAAACUGUCUCCAAAUCCCAGAAGACAAAAACCAAUGUUCCAAAGGCCGCAGCACCCAAGGGUCACAAAAUGGGAGGUGGCGGUGGAAAGCGGUAGUUAAGUUGUAUUUCUUGAACCUUUUGAACAAACAACCUUUUAUUUUCAAUAUUGCCCGGUUUUCUUUCGAAAUUGACAUUGUCUUAAGUUUUGAUACUUUAUUAUUGACUUUGCAUGCUUUUUUUUAUUGUAUCUUGUCUUCAAAUAGUGGAUUUGUUUGCUGAUUAAUUUAAAUUAUGGUUGCU